AUGCUAAAGGCAUUCAUAAAUGAACCUGAACUAAAACUUCUGUUGUUAUUUUUGCUUAGGAACUGUGAGGAUGUGUUAUCAGCUGAAGACUGUGAAACCUUGUACCAGUUUGUUUAUGCCACACACCGGCCACUUGCAGCAGCAGCUGGGGAAUUCCUUUACAAAAGGCUGUUCAGUCAUGAGAGAGAUGAAGAAGUUCUGCCCAAAAGAGGAGAGAAGUUUGGGGCGAGUACUAACCAGCUGAAAACAUUAAUACGUUUUUUCCUGGAGAGUGAGCUACACCAACAUGUCACAUACCUCGUAGACAGCUUGUGGGACUGGGCAGGCAACUUCCUGAAGGACUGGGAGUGCAUGACCACUCUUCUGUUAAAAAAUGCUGAAGAAGAUGGAGAAGGACUGAGUGAUGCCCACGAAAGUGCUCUCAUUGAAAUUAUCCUCGCCACCGUUAGAGAAGCGGCGGAAGGCCAUCCUCCAGUGGGCAGAGGGGCAACCAAAAAAAUUCUGUCAGCAAAAGAGAAGAAGAUACAAUUGGAAGAUUGUACCAAAAUUACUGAACACUUUACUAUGGUGCUUCCUCAGCUCUUGGCAAAGUAUUCAGCAGAUGCAGAAAAAGUGACAAAUCUCCUGCAGAUUCCUCAGUAUUAUGAUUUAGAUGUUUACAGAACAGGACAUCUAGAGAAGCAUUUGGAUGCUCUGCUAAGAGAGGUAAAAGACAUUGUGACCAAACACUCUGAUAUGUCGGUCCUUGAGGCCUCCUCCAGGACUUAUUACAUCCUCUGCAGUGAAGAAGUUGCCAUCUACAGCCAGGUGGAUUGUGCCCGAACUCAGCUGAUAGAUGAGUUGGUGGAGCAGCUUAACCAGCUACUGAACGACUUCUGGCAAAAGUGUAACUCGUAUCUAAAUAAAGAGAUUUUGUCCCGGAACCCCUCCCUUCUAAUUCCUGGUCGUACAGACCAUCUCCCUGCCCAUGAUCUCACCAAGUGGAGUCUUUAUGACAAGACUUCAAGGUUGCUGGUGUUUGAAAUGGAACAUGGGGGUUUGUCUGGUCAGAUGAUCCUGCCAGCUUUACAGUGCACAUACUUUUCUCUCCUGUGGCAAGUAGCUGCAGUUGCGGAAAAUUCUGCCAAGGAGACCCUUUUGGCAUUAAGGAGAGAGCUGAGACGUUUCUGUCAGAUUUGCAUGUGCUUUCUCCACCAUAAGGAGAAAGAUGUAAGAGAAAAGGCCUUCAUGAUACUCUGUGACUGGCUGCUGAUUUUGAGUCACCAAGAUGCAAAUAAUACUGAAGCAGCAAGACUUCUAGAUUACCUUCCCAGCACUUCACUUCAGGAAAAACUGCUUUUGUUUAUCCAGGAACAUGUUUUCAAGGAGGAGCAAGAGGAAAGCAAAGACCUGACAGGAGAGGAGGAGGGAAAGGAUGAAAACUACAAACUGAAUGACUUGAACAAAAAGCGGCGUCUUCUCGCAGCGUAUUGCAAGCUGAUAGUGUAUAAUGUGGUGGAGAUGGCUGCAGCUGCUGAGAUCUAUAAGCAUUAUAUGAAGACCUACAAUGAUUUUGGAGACAUAAUUAAAGAAACACUAAGCAGGACGAGGCACAGUAACAAAAUUCAGAGUGCCAAGACACUGAUUCUCUGUCUGCAGCAGUUGUUUCAGGCACACCUGGAAAGCCAGGACGGCGGCAGCGGGGUGGACUUGUCCUCUGCCUCCUUCACAAACAUGAAGGAGCUCGCGCGUCGAUUUUCACUAACGUUUGGCUGGGACCAGGUGAAAUCUAGAGAAUCUGUGGCCAUGAUACACAAGGAAGGAAUUGAAUUUGCCUUUCAAGGAGCUACUGGAAUGGAUGGAAAAUGCCUGCCUCCUAAGCUAAGCUUUCUGUUAAUCAUCAGUGAAUUUUCCAACAAGCUGCUAAAGCCUGACAAAAGACUAGUGUACGCUUACUUGCAGAGGUAUAUAGCAGAACCCCUGUCUGGCAGAGGAGACGAAUGGCAGCCUUUGGUUUGGUACAGAAACUCUCUGUUGGCAAGUGAAGAUGAGGAAAGCUCUGUCCUCAGCAGUACAGGAGAGUGGUCCCCCGUGGGCGCAUCUAAGACAUCUUCUUUUAAAAGGAAAUUGUCUAAUGGGUCUUUGCCUGACACCAGACACACCGAAGCAGCAAGCAACGAUCCGGCCUUCCACGGUGCUUCCCAGCUCCCCUGUGCAGCAGGGCAGAGCAGGAAGAACCUCAAGUCCCGAGCGCUGCCCGCGCGGGACCGCGCGCCGUGGCCGUGCCCCCCGGCAGGGCCGCUGCAGGGGAGACACAGCCAAGCUGAGAUCAAGACAGAAGAUGUCUCAGUAGAGGAUCAAGCACAAGACGCAAAUGAAGACAUUGAUAUCGAUGUGGUUGGUGCAGAGCAGUAUGACUGA